UUCUUCGACAUUGGAUGAUAUUUAUGGAAAUGUAAACUUUUAAAGAUAUGAGUGAGAGAGACAAUGAACUGUGCGAACUUACAUGAAUUGAGUUUAUGUCGAAUAAAUAUGCCGAAUACAUUGUGCUUAAUGUAAUUUUUCUCUCGAUCGGAUCCCUCGAAUUAAAUUGUUGGUGCCAUUAAGUGCUUAUUAAUCGCGAUUUAAUAAAAAGACAAUGACGGAGAACGUGUACGUUAUCAAAGUGAAAACAAAACCACCGCUGUCGUCUCUAUAUAUCCACUUUGGCCUCGGAGCGCUGUCCCUCCUCCUGGGUACCCUCGCCUUGUCCUUGCAGGGCCCGAUUUUGUUUAUUGCAUGCCUGGUGCCGUUCGUGACAGGUCUCCUCGCUUGGCGACGUUGGUACAUCGACCGGAACAUCACUAUUUUCUUCUACGGUAACCUCUUCUCUCUGGUAGCAGCGAUCCUCUGCUUCAUCGUUACGAUCUUCGACGUUGCGGCAGCUUCCAACAGCACCAAUGGAUUUGUGUGGCCGCUGGAGAAAAUCCUCGAUCCGCAUUAUUCCCUUCAUUCCGCCAACGAUUUCACAAAUGAUAGUCAUGCGGAUAUUAUGUCGACCGAGGAUUAUUCAUUUAACUUCACUGAAGAUUAUGACUUCUUGAAAAUUAACGAUUCUACUAAAUUACCUGUUACAUUCAAAUCUCCCAACAUCGAGUUUAAUACAUCAGACUUUCAUAUUAAUGCUAAAAAUCGCAAUGAUCCCACGAUGACGGAAGCGUCAUUCAUGUUUGAAGAAAGGAUGAUGAUAUCCAGAGAAAUUUUCCAGGAUAAAAGCACAAUGAACGUUACACAAGGAUCAAUGAAUUUGACGAAGGAAAAAACUGAGACCUUCCGGCAUAGCCAUUUUGAGAACUCCUCGCAUGCCAGAAUGCUGCUUACUUUAAACGUCUUGAUGGCUUCUCUUUUGGAGAUCUUCUGGUCGCUACUAAGUGCAAAGAUUGCAUUUUGCGGAAUGAUGAAUCAACUGCCGGAAAACGGUAAUGUCAUUGUCAAAUUAAAGACGACGAGGUUACCACUGCAAAAGAAAAAACCUCCAGCACCCAAACCGGACAUCUUGGAUCACGAUCGCCGGCUGUCCGAAGCUCUUCAGAAUUUGCAAGGACUCGCUGAUAAUGGUAUCGGUCCGCGAUUACCAUUACCGGAAUCUAAUAGAGAAUACAGGGAAAGAAAGAGAUUCUUAGCAAAUCAAGCAACGGAUAGAGUUGUUGAAGGUGCUUGA